AUGUCCAAUCUCCAGAUGUUUCCAUGGAAUCAAACCUUUGUUUCUUCCUCAGAUCAUCAAAACCAACAGUUUCUUAGGAAAAUCGACGUGAACAGCUCGCCAACAACGGUGGAUCUGGAAGAGGAGACGGGAGUUUCGUCACCAAACAGCACGAUCUCGAGCACCGUGAGCGGCAAGAGGAGGAGCGAAAGAGAAGGAACUUCCGGCGCCGGAGGAGAUGACCUCGACAUCACUUUGGAUCGAUCUUCCUCACGUGGAACCUCCGACGAAGAAGAAGAAUACGGAGGAGAGGCUUGUCGGAAGAAGCUCAGGCUGUCCAAAGAUCAGUCUGCCGUUCUUGAAGACACUUUCAAAGAGCACAAUACUCUCAAUCCCAAACAGAAGCUGGCUUUGGCUAAGAAGCUAGGCUUAACCGCAAGACAAGUGGAAGUGUGGUUCCAAAACAGAAGAGCAAGGACCAAACUGAAGCAAACUGAAGUGGAUUGCGAGUAUCUGAAGAGAUGCGUGGAGAAACUGAGUGAAGAGAACCGGCGGCUAGAGAAAGAGGCGGCGGAGUUGAGGGCACUAAAGCUUUCACCACGGUUGUAUGGUCAGAUGAGUCCACCGACGACGCUUCUCAUGUGUCCAUCAUGCGAACGAGUGGCGGGACCAACGAACCAUAAUCAUCAACGGUCUGUGUCAUUGAGCCCGUGGCUACAAAUGGCACAUGGUUCUUCAACUUUUGAUGUGAUGAAUCCUAGUUAUAGGUCUUAA